AUGUCUCACAAUCCUUCUCAGCUCCUCCCUUCAGGUUCGUUCUUCCUCGUUCCGGCCGUUCCCUCCGUCUUCUGGCUUCUUCUUCCUCUCUCCCGCCCCUUUUUCCUAUGUUUUCGUUCUCUUCGACACUCUCUCUCUCACCUGCCGCGGGUUUCAGAACUGAUCGAUCGGUGCAUCGGGUCGAAGAUAUGGGUCAUAAUGAAGGGCGACAAGGAGCUGGUUGGAACCCUUAGGGGUUUUGACGUGUACGUCAACAUGGUGCUGGAGGACGUCACAGAAUAGUCAGUCUCGCCUCCCUCACCCUAAUGUUACAUUUUACUUGCUCUUCCUGGGAGGUUUUCAGAUUCCUUGUGAGCCAGUUCGCUCAUGACGCUAGCGUGAUUGUAUUGACAUUUAUCGUUCCUGUGCUGGGGUUUCUAAUUUUCUUGUAUAAUUCAUUUUAUAUUUAAUCUUCUCAAGAUUCUGUUCCGAUAAUCAUGUAGGAAGAAGCUUCCAUGAUUCCUAUAUUUUUCUAGUAAUUUUUCUAGGUCGAGGAUGAAGUUUUCGGAAGCGUACUCACGCAUCCGUUCUCGCGCGAUCUUCCGUUUGGAUUUCUCGCUCGUAGCGACGGGCAACUUGGAUAUCCUCAGCAUUUCGAUAUCACCAUAUAUAAUCAUUCUAUCCUCAUUUUGUCUACAUGCUCAGAAUCAACGAGGCGCUUUCUUUCUCCUUUUUUUCUCUGCAUAAUGAGUCAGUUGCUCGCGGAUUUCCCAGCUUGAUGUUGCGAUUACUCAUCAUCUUCCGCGUUAAAUCUGCUCCUAUUUCAGCUCUCCCGCUUGUUCUCAGACUAUUAUCAGGAAGCUCCUGCCCCAACCAACGUUAUUUGAUAUUAUGGCCACCAUUAUCAUGUCUGUCCUAAUCCACUUCUUCCAUGAUUAUUUGAUUAUUGCCACGGCUCCAAUGUGAUCGAUUCCAUUUCUUCCAUGAUCAUAGUUAUUAUGUUCACCGGCUCACUCGAUCACCACCAUUCCUACGAAUUCCUGCAAUCAAUCUAUUAUUCUUCAUGUCCGAGUUCCUCAUCCUGAUGUCGUCAGCUCUCAAGCAUGCAUUGCAUUGCCACUUUGUGGAUCUAAAGCUUUGAACGAUGUGUAACCCAUCUUGCUCACACUGGGUAAAAGAAAUUCUGGACUAUGCGGCCACGUUACCAUUUUUGCUUGGAUUUUCCUGUAGAAUGUGAGACCAGAUGCCUCUUGCCUUCUAGAGGAAGAGGGCAUGCCCAGUUCCAUGUGAUUCGGCAUACGAGUAAUUGGUAAGGAGGAGGGGGGGAUGGCUGAGUGUUGCCUGAAGGACCAUGAUCGGAGGAAUCAUGGAGAUGCAACCCUAUCGAGUUCUUGCAUCAUCGUUGGUGCAUUUUCAUUGAAUUUUUUGCUUUUUUUUGCGAAAAAAUAGCGAUAAUUUCUGCUUCUUCCUUUGAUGGGCUGGUUUAUGUUUCAGUGAGAUCACAGCAGAGGGCCGCCGUAUCACGAAGCUUGACCAGAUCUUGCUGAACGGGAACAACAUUGCUAUCGUAAGGCAGUCCAUCAUUACCUCUGACUAUUGAUUUCCAGAACCCAGAAUUUCUAUUUAUGUGCAUAUCCCGCAUCCCUCGGCAGUGUUCUUGGAGGUCUUCUGCUAUUUUUUUACCAUUCUGGGAAAUUUGGGUGAUUCGAUGCAGCUGGUGCCCGGCGGCUCCCCCGAAUCAGAGUGA